GCCAGCGCCUGCUGUCUGAGGGGGCUCCCUGCCGGGAUGGGACAUAACCACUGCAGACUGCCAGGGAAGUGUGGUCCCUGAGGAGUCAGAAGACCCAGCUACCAUGUGGGCAGUCAGCCCACGGAUCAGAUGUGCAGCAGAUGGUUCUUCGCUUCUCCCAGGAGGCCAUUUCCAACUACAGCAUCUUCCUGGUGUCCCCACAAACCAGGACUCUGUAUGUGGGAGCCAAGAAUGCCAUCUUCGCCCUGCCGUUGGAGUCAGUCAACCAGUCUGCCAAGAUGAUCUCCUGGGAAGUGCCUGAGAUUCAUCGAGAGUCUUGCACGAAGAAAGGGAAAAAAGAGGUGGAGUGUCACAAUUAUAUCCGCAUUCUGGAGUUUGCUGAUGAGACCCACCUCUUCGCCUGUGGGACCUUUGCUUUCGAUCCGCAAUGCGGCUUCAUUAGCGUGGCCAAUUUCAGCACUGUGGAGCGUCAGGAAAGUGGCCGGGGGAGAUGUCCCUUCGAGCCUACACAAGAGUCAGCAGCUGUCAUGGUUGAUGGGGUGUUGUAUGCUGCCACUGUCAGCAACUUCCUGGGGACACAGCCCAUCAUCUCCAGAGCAACAGGAAUCCUCGAGGAGCGCAUCCGGACUGAGAUCUCAAUGACCUGGCUGAAUGACCCUGACUUUGUGGGCUCCACUUUCUUGAGAGGGAGUGAGAGUGGAGAGGAUGACACAAUCUAUUUCUUCUUCAUGGAGACAGCCAGGGAGUAUGACAGCUAUGAACAAGUGAAGGUCCCACGCGUGGCCAGAGUUUGCAAGGGGGACUUGGGAGGCCUGAAGACCCUGCAGAAGCGGUGGACAACUUUCCUAAAGACCCAGCUGGUUUGCUCAGAUCCAGAGAGUGGAAUUGACUUCAAUCUAUUGAAGGAUGUAUUUACCCUGCAUUCUGUGAACGGGACUUCUGCCGUGUUCUACGGUAUCUUCUCAGCCCAGAGGUACGGUGGGCAGGUGUCAGCUGUCUGUGCCUACAGCGUUCAGGACAUCCAGAAAGCCAUGAAUGGCCGUUUCAAGGAAUUUAAACAUGAUUGUGACAAGUGGACAAGUGUCAUGGGUGGAGAUGUCCCUGAACCACGACCAGGCGCAUGCAUUACCAAGAGCAUGAAGCUGGCUGGCUUUGGCUCCUCACUGGCACUGCCUGACCGUGUUCUGACAUUUGUUCGAGAUCAUCCUCUCAUGGACCAAGUUGUUCACCCGCUGGAAAUGGGACCGCUCUUGGUCAAGCUGGACACACUGUACCUCAAAAUUGCAGUGCAUCGCAUCAGAAGCGUCUCUGGGCAUCAAUACGAUGUGCUGUAUCUGGGGACUGACAACGGACAUUUGCACAAAGCAGUGAAGAUUGGCCAACACGCUGUCAUCAUUGAGGAUCUGCCACUGUUCCCAGAGCCCCAGCCAAUUCAGACUCUGCAGCUCCAUGAGAGCUGGUUGUAUGUAGGGUCCUCUACUGAAGUGACUCAGGUCAACACAACAGACUGUGAGAGAUAUAAGAGCUGUGUCGAGUGUGUCUUGGGCCGAGACCCCUCCUGUGCCUGGAGCAGAGAGCUGGGUGCUUGUAUACGCCACCAGGGAGAAAGUGGGUUACUCCAGAACCUCACAUCUCUAAGCAUCUUAACUGUGUGUCCAGAAGAAGGAGAAGAUAUGCCUGUUACAGUUGAGUUGCCAGUGUCCCUGGCUGCCCGCAUUGUGCUUCCCUGCACUCCACCAUCAGCCUGGGCAACCUGCAUGUGGCAGAGACCGCCGCAAGAUGCCAAUGUGUACUCCUUGCGUAGUGAUGGGUUGGAGUUCACAGUGACAGAGGAUACCCUUGGUGAAUACACCUGCCAGUGCAUGGAAGGUGGAGCAGGGGGCGUGGUUGCCUCCUACAGCCUAGUGAGAGGCAGGGGCUCUGCUAGUGCCUGGAAUACAACUGAGCAGAACUUCAGUGGCGUCUUGGUGGGACUCCUCUUGUUUUUGCUAGGCUUUGCUGCUGGUUCUGUCUCCAUCUACAUCUACAAGAGGUGGCAACGGGAGCGACUCCAGAGGGAGCUGCUCAGUCGGGAGAGAAAUGGCCUGGAUCUGAUGCAGUCCAAUACAACUAGCUGCAGCCAUGAGCCACACACGCCAAGCUCCCCAGAAGAUGAGCGCCACCCACUGGCUACAACUAAGAAGAAUGGCAGCCUCAAUGGCUUCUCCCACCUCUACAUCAAUGAGCUGGACAAAGACCAAGCCCGGAUCUACCUGACAGGUGUUCCACUGGCUAAGUGCGAUGAAACCUCGAUUUAGCAGCCUCCAAAGGGAGCAUGUCCAUCACCAACACCCAUGGCGGUGCCUGCCCCUAAAGGGACACAACCAUCACUGACAGCCCUGGUUGUGUCUGCCUGUCAGCGAGAGGAGGGGCAUAGCCAUCGCUGAUAUGCCUGGCAGUGACUGCCCCAAAAUGUGACACGGGCACAGCCAUCGCAAGUCAUGUGCUCUUUCUUCAUGUCAUUGCCAGAGUUCUCACUAUAGAAUCCACCUGACUAGAGAGGUUGUCAAGGCCUGGUGUUGAUGUGAUGCUCCGUUGUGGUCAGUGGACACAGUUGGUAUGAGAGUGAGACUUGCUCAGCUUUCUUCCUAUGAAACCCCCAUGCAGCCUCCAGGCUCUGGCCAAAGAAAUUCCCUGCUGAGUGGCUUUAAGUCCUCGUGUCCCAGCUCCCCUUAACCUCUGUGAAGCUAUUUGGAACAGGCCAUUGGUGUGUCUGUGUUUAGUAACCAUGUGGUGCACCAGGGCUGGGUCCGUGGGAUGUCCAGCGAUCUUUGAAAGUGAUGAUUGUAUUGCUAAAAUUAGUCUGGAUUGUAACUGUAACCUGAGCUACCUGGAACAAUAUUCCUUCACCCCUGCCUGCUGCUCAGCUGGGCAGGUGAAGGGGGCAGGAGACCCACUAUUUGCUUCUUCAAGAGCAGGCAACAAACAGCACUAAGUGAAGCUUUAUGUGGAGUUUUCUCUGACUUCAGAGACUGGUACACAAGAGACAGUAAAUGCUCCUGGUGACCUCUUGGCCAAUGCUGACCAGUAACUGCCUUGGUGGUGCUUUCCGUAAACAAGCACCAUCUUCAUGAAUGUGAUGUGACUCCGAUCAGUUGCAGUGUCUCCCUGAGGUCAUGUGCCCCUCUGCAAAUGGGUUGUCCUCCAGAGGCAGAAGCCUGUUAACAUCUAUCAGAAGGAAUGGUGGUUGAAUGCCUAUAAUGCCAAAUUCUGCAGCUGUAUCUUCGCUGGCUGCCGAUGCCUUCAGUCUGCAAUUGUGGAUCCUUGUGUGUCUGGGCUGGAGAAGGCCCAGCGCAGCUUUGCCAAGUGUGUUAUGGUAGAUGGGAAUGAUCCAAGCUAAUCACAUAAUGGUGCUGUGAACUGUCACAGCUUUGCAUGUCAGAACAGAAGAGACUAGGACAUUGCAAACAGUAAGGAUGCUCUUCCUCUGAGUUGACACCUCCUCCCAGAAUGGCUCCUUCCUCUAAGCAGAGAUGUCAGGAGGAGCUGCUUUUUGCUGAAGUAUUGAUGCUGUAAAGCACUGAGCCUGGAGGCAUCUCCCCUCUUAGAAAUGUCACAAGCACUUUGGACUUUGUUUCUAGCAAGAUUGUGACAUCCCUCCCCCAUAUCACUGCCAUGAGCCUCUGCUGGCAGCGGAUGAGCUGCACUUAUGGGACUGUGGACACAACUCUCCCUCCUGUGUGCGUCCAUCCGCAGUCUGCCCCAGUCCAACCUCCCUGAGUAGGUUCGGUGAGAUUCUCCCAAACUUCCAUGGUUCUCUGGCUUCCCCAACAGUCUCUCUGGCCGUGUCUGUCUCCCUUGCAGCCUGGUAAAGAGUCCACAGCCAGUGGAGCUUUGCCAGCUUGUCUUGCACUCUGUGAGAACUUCUUUCUUAGCUUCCCAUAGAUGCCUUCUGUGGCUGAAGGGGGCAAGUGUAAAUUAAUGUCACCUGAUGGUUUUGGUUUUUUCUGUUUUUAAUUAAACUUUAUUUUAUUGUGAUUUAUUAAAAA